CCACCACCACCAACAGCACCACCCACGACACUCCCGAAUACCUACUUCCUUCCGUCGACACCACGCACCAGCUCCACCAACCCCAGCUCCAGCUCCGCAUCCAGCUCCUCCUCCUCCUCUUCGCCGCCAGAAGACGACCGGACAAUCCGGCUUGGGCGGACAAUCCGCGUGCUGCAAGAGCGCAUGCCGACACUUCUGCACUCGCCCUUACCAACCGAGAUCCUGAGCCCGUCCAUCUCGCUGCACCUGUUUCCCAGUACACAUCCGCACCUUCCGGUCGUGCGGGGGCGCGUGGCCUACAUCGCGGCGCUAUGGACGGCGCCCAUAGCGUGGCGGCGGCUGCCGGGGCGGAAUACCACGCUCGAGGUUGUGAGUGAGCGGAUGCUCGCCGGCGAGGUGCUGCGGAUCCGGUGGAAGGGCGAGGAAGAGUUCGAGGGGGUCUUCGAGUUCGAGUUU